GAUAAACAAUGAUAAUACAUUCACCUUAGCGAUUGGCAUAAAAUUAAUUUCAAAAAGAAACUAAAACGAUAUAAAACAUUGUAGGAGCACUGAGUAAAAAAAUAUAUCAAAAACUCAAUUUUAUUGUGUUGAAAAUAUGUUGGAAGCACAAAACCAAACAGAAAUAAUACAGUAUGUGCCGUUUUCGUCUUUCGUUCAUCCAUCAUUCUGGCAUACCCUCACUGAAAUGAAAUUAGAAGUAGACAAAUUAAAGGAAACUACCAAACAAAUAUUCGGCAGAUUUACAUACCGCUGUGAUAUUGGCUCUGUAUUUGAAGUGGAUGGUACCUCAUUCAAUAAGACACCUCAUUUAGAGCAACAAUAUCAUCAUGUGAUGGGUACAAUAAUGAACAAAAAUACUAUUGAAGACUUCAAAUCUAUAGAUAAGGCUUCAUUACUAAAUUCAAUAGGCGAAAUGAUAUGGUCCAACCUCAGGGAGAGAACUUGGAUCACAAAUCCUAGUGCUUUGUUGAAUUUCUUCAUACUCUCAUUUGCUGAUCUCAAAAAAUUUCAUUAUUACUACUGGUUUGCAUUUCCUGCACCCAGCCAACCCACCGUUCACAUGAAAGGAAGAAGCACGAAAAUCUCAGAUUACUUCAAUAACAAACAAUUAGAAACUCUAUCUCAAUGUUACAAAUCACUUGAAGAAAACCAAAAGAACUUUUUUGUUGUAAUCAAGAAAAAUGAUGAUCUCUCAGUUAAGAAAUUAUCAGAAGUUUUUGAUGUUAAUAGUGCUAACUGCAUUGACCUAGAUCUCGUCAGUACAUACUUUGUUUUUGCUGAUCCAAGUAAUGGAUGCAACCCUGGUUGGCCACUAAGAACAUUCUUAGCUGCACUGUUGGAAUAUUGUCCUGAUUUGGCAAAGUCAACUUUACAAGUUAUAGGGUUGAGGAGUUCAAUGAAUGGUGAUUUCAUAAAAAGCCUAGUUUUCUCCAUUGAAAUUCCACAGGACAUCAAGCCAGUUGAGAGUGCUGGUUGGGUAGGAUGGGAAAGAAACGAUAAAGGCAAUUUUGGACCCAGGCUCGCUAAUAUGUCUACCUCGAUGGAUCCUGUCAUAUUGGCAGAUACGUCAUCAGAUCUGAAUAUAAAGUUGAUGAAAUGGCGUCUAGUACCUGAUCUGAAUGUAGGUGUGAUGAAAGAUACGAAAUGUUUGUUAUUGGGAGCCGGCACACUUGGUUGUCAUGUGGCGAGAAAUUUAUUAGCCUGGGGUUUCCGUCAUAUAACAUUCGUUGACAACGGUAAAGUGUCAUACUCGAAUCCGACCAGACAAGUUCUGUUCAACUAUCAAGAUUGUCUCGGGGGAGGCCGAAGGAAAGCCGAAGCGGCCGCUGAUAACUUGAAGUCAAUCCUCCCGACUACUAAUAGCAAAGGUAUAGUAGCGCACAUACCGAUGCCAGGACAUCCUAUUGGGGAUUCAUUGAAAGAGGAGACCAUUGGUGAUAUUAAAAGGAUAACCGAGGCUAUCUCUGAACAUGACGUCGUGUUCCUUCUUCUGGACACGAGGGAGGCUAGAUGGCUGCCAACACUUAUUGCAGCACAACAUCGGAAGAUCGUCAUAAAUGCGGCGUUAGGUUUCGACAGUUAUCUAGUGAUGCGACACGGAAUUAGCACCUCGUCGGAUGAGGUCGCUACUCUCGAUAAACAAUACAUCGAAGGCCGGUACCUCGGUUGCUAUUUCUGUAAUGACGUCACCGCACCUGGCAAUUCACUGAGAGAUCGCACGUUAGAUCAACAGUGCACCGUGACCCGCCCCGGGGUCGCGGCGGUGGCCGGCGCUCUGUCCGUCGAGAUACUGGUGGCUUUGUUGCAACAUCCGAAAAGAGUCGAUGCCCCGGCCCUGUACAAUUUUAAUAAGACCGAACAAGAGAUUCCGUCGCAAAUCGAAGGAGUCUUGGGCGCCGUACCUCAUUCAAUAAGAGGAUUCCUGCAUUCGUACCAAACGAUCGCACCGACAUGCACGAAAUUCAAACAGUGCAUCGCGUGUUCCGACACUGUGAUAAACAAGUACAGAGAGGAAGGAUUGGAUUUCCUUCUGAACGUAUUCAACAGCGGUAGUUAUUUAGAAGAAGUAACUGGCUUAUCGGCUUUGCAUUUGAGCGCUGAAAUGAGCGAGAUAUUGACAUUAACCGAUGAAGAAGAUUAGAAUGUUUUUAAAUGAGGCUUUUAUCAUCAUGUAUUUAAUGCAUUUAUUUAUUAAGCUGUAAGUUAUAGGGUUGCGAACGUUCUUAUGUUAUAAAGCUUUAGUGCUUGUGAUAUUUUAUUGUCCUCAGUAUGUUAUUAAAAAAAAUAAAAAGACAUAGG